CCUUAACUCAACCGAACCAAAAGAAACACUUUCGAGAAGAACAAAAAGAAAACACAAGAGUUUAUUCAUUCACUGAUCAUAAUCAUCAUGGCCACGAUCAAGCUCGUUAAAGCUCGCCAGAUCUUUGACAGCCGUGGAAACCCAACUGUUGAAGUUGAUGUUGUACUCUCUGAUGGAAGCUUCUCUAGAGCUGCUGUGCCCAGUGGUGCCUCCACAGGUAUAUAUGAAGCCUUGGAAUUGAGAGAUGGAGGAUCGGAUUACCUUGGGAAAGGUGUCCUGAAGGCUGUGGGGAACGUGAAUACAAUCAUCGGACCUGCUUUGGUUGGCAAGGACCCUACAGAGCAGACCAAAAUUGACAAUUAUAUGGUACAACAGCUUGAUGGAACAGUUAAUGAAUGGGGUUGGUGCAAACAAAAGCUUGGAGCAAAUGCUAUACUAGCAGUGUCUCUUGCUAUUUGUAAAGCAGGUGCCGCGGUGAACAAGAUUCCUCUGUACAAGCACAUUGCCAAUCUCGCUGGAAACAAGACCUUGGUGCUUCCUGUACCGGCAUUCAAUGUAAUUAAUGGCGGUUCCCACGCAGGCAAUAAGCUGGCGAUGCAGGAGUUCAUGAUUCUUCCUGUGGGGGCAUCUUCUUUCAAGGAAGCAAUGAAGAUGGGAGUAGAAGUCUAUCACCACUUGAAGGCGGUGAUUAAGAAGAAGUAUGGACAAGAUGCAACAAAUGUUGGAGAUGAAGGAGGCUUUGCUCCAAAUAUUCAGGAAAACAAAGAGGGCCUUGAACUGCUGAAAAUAGCCAUAGCUAAAGCUGGAUACACUGGAAAGGUUGUAAUUGGGAUGGAUGUUGCUGCUUCAGAAUUCUAUGAUAGCAAGGAUAAGACAUAUGACUUGAAUUUCAAGGAAGAGAACAAUGACGGAUCACAGAAGAUAUCAGGAGACAGUUUGAAGAAUGUGUACAAGUCAUUUGUGACCGAGUAUCCUAUUGUCUCCAUUGAAGAUCCCUUUGACCAGGAUGAUUGGGAGCAUUAUGCAAAGCUGACUUCUGAAAUUGGCGAGCAAGUGCAGAUUGUUGGUGAUGACCUUCUUGUCACAAAUCCAAAGCGUGUGGAGAAAGCGAUAAAGGAGAAGGCCUGCAAUGCCCUACUCCUGAAGGUGAAUCAAAUUGGUUCUGUGACUGAAAGUAUUGAGGCUGUGAAAAUGUCUAAAUGUGCUGGAUGGGGUGUUAUGGCAAGUCACCGAAGUGGUGAAACCGAAGAUACAUUCAUUGCAGACCUUUCGGUUGGGUUGGCAACGGGUCAGAUCAAGACCGGUGCUCCUUGCAGGUCGGAACGCCUUGCAAAAUACAACCAGCUUCUUAGGAUCGAAGAAGAGCUUGGAUCUGCGGCAAUUUACGCUGGAGCGAAAUUCAGGGCACCAGUUGAACCCUACUGAUUCCUCCACGAGACUCUUAUAAGAACAGUUUUCAAUAAGCAUGUCUAGAGUUUGUUAUUGCGAAGAUGAAGUUUUAAUUACUAGUUGAAUGAGUGAACUCUAAAUGCCAGUAUGGUCAUCGGAAGUUGGAUUGUUUUGCCGUUAUCCUUCAGGUUAUGUUGUUUGGUCUAUGCUAUACAUAUUACACGUGCUUAAUGGUAAAUUACUGUUCUUGGUGGGUA